GCGCAAACCGCAGCCACAGUUUGUGGCAUUAUCACUUCCCACACAAGUCAAUGGUUCCAUCAAAAAAUAAUCGCAAGAGAAGUGACUGCGUAAAACAAAAACAGCAGAACAAAAAAUCACUGCAAGUUUGUUGAGGCCGUCGUCCUACACAGCAAAUCCAGCUCACACAAGAUGGAAUUCUGCUGACUUUGGUCUUUAAAAGGACUCCGAGGAAGAACUUCAAACCGGAGAUUGGAGCUGAUUUCGCGUCGUCGAUCAGUAAAAUGCUUUUAAUUACCUGUCGACUCACCGCUCAGCCGAUGUAGCCAUUUGUUUAAUGUGGCGGGUCGUUAACAAUCUAUUAUAAGCAAUUUGACGUUGUUGGAGCAACACACUGAGAUAGCAGUCAGUGCUGGCUGAUGCGUGGAUAUAAACUGCCAGGCCAAUAUAGUAUCGUUUUAGAGCCAUCAUACAUCAAGUUUACUAUAAUCGUCGACUGAAAAAAACAAAAUCUCUGAAGAUUUUCUCAGCUGAUACACCAAGAUGUUUCCCCAAUAUAGAACAGAGUUUUUAGCGGUCGGUCUUGCCUCAUCAAAGUUUCAUCCUGUACCGGUAUCAGCGUCGACUUUCUUCCCACCAGUGGUUGCGAUUGGAACCUGGCAUCCUCAUAACUACCGACCGAGAGCUAAGCGACCUACGCCGUACUACAUCGCCGAUAUCCUGGGUCUGUGGGAGCGCGAGGAAACACAGAGGAAACUCGGCCUCCUCGGAGAACACCGGGCAGCCGCUGUGCUCGACGCCGGUAGCCUAGCGGUAAACCACGGGUACCUGAAGCCGCGCGGCAAGCAGACAUCACCGAUAAACCUGGCCGGAGAGAUGGAGAAACGCCAGGCGAGGAAACUAGCAAAAGACGCUCAUGCUAAAUCACAGAUUGAUGUAGAGAUUGUUGCUGAGCGGAUGGAAAGCAGAGAUAGCACAGACAGUAAUGAUGACGAGAGUUGUAGCGAGAAAGCGGACCGCAAGCGAAAAGGAGACGGAGAAUCACCCGAGAGCAAAGAGAAGAAGAAGAAGGCACGAACAACGUUUAGUGGGCGACAGAUCUUCGAACUGGAGAAACAAUUUGAAGCCAAGAAGUAUUUAUCAGCGAGUGAGAGGGCUGAGUUGGCAACACUUCUAAACGUUACAGAUACACAGGUGAAAAUUUGGUUUCAGAAUCGGAGAACAAAAUGGAAGAAAAUGGAAGGGAUUUCCAACGCGGAAGCGGCCGAGCAUAAGAUUGGUGGACCGAAGCAUAUUGACACUAUACGGCAGAAACAAAGCAGUGAGAACACGGUCAAUGUCCAGGGGACGGUCGCUGACAAAGCUGUCACACACGAGGGACACAUUGCGACAGCUGGUGACGACGAUGAUGAUGACGAUGACGAUGACGAAUGCGACUCACCAUGUCAGGAGGGAGAUGACAAUGCUGUCAUUGCGGCUACACUGUGUGGUAGCGACAUCGAGAUGGUCGGACGAAACGACGAUGACACGGAACGAGGAGUACCCCAGGAUUUAGUGAGAGGUCACGGUCGACUCUCAGGGGACAAUGACUCGGUUAUCCCCACGACACCAAUGCCGUUCACAUUGCAAACUCAAAUCACCGAGAUACCAACGGAUAGCGAUGACGAUGCGGACGCGAAGGUAAUGACAACCCACGUCAUACUGAGGGAUGAAGAAAAUGGCGAGCGUGAGAAGAGUAAAUGGGAAAGCCACGCCCAUGACGCAGAGACAAUCCUUAUUGAUCAUAUCCAUCAAUGUCGCUAAGGAACUGAACUCAAUAUUCCUGUCACCACAUUGACUUGGAAACAUUCAUCUGUAAAUUCUGAUAACAAAUAAAUCUACUAUUUAUAACUGAUGCUGGAUUUGCAUUGCGUAUUGCUAUUAUGGUAACGCGUAAAGGGUUGGGACCAUAUCUUUAUAUUGAUUAUUAUUUCUAAAACAUCGAUGUCAAAAUGGUCCGGUUUGUGAAACAUUUGACAGGAGGACAUUAUGAGCACGAUAAAGAACUUGCGGCAUGUAGGGGCAAUUAUUUAAAAAAAUAAAUGCAGUGUAUAAAUAACGAGCAUUACCUUGCACGUGCUUUUGAAGUUAACUUUAGAAAUUAUCUGUAUAUAAACUACCACCAAAUCAAUUUUGUAAGUAUCAAAUACUAUACAGUUGAUGUUAGUUAUAGCUCACAGGGUUUGACAGAUGACUAAUUGUAAUAGAUUUGCAGUAUAUAACCACACAAACUGUGUGUUCUUUACCGCUGUUUGAUUGCGCAUAUGCAUGCAAGCUCUGUGUCAUUAGAAGUCAUUGGGUUCGAUCUAUAGUCAUACGAUGAAAACAUUAAGAGAUGUUUAGCGAUCCAGUCGGCUCUUUUUUAGUACCGUGUCUCGUGCAUCAAGACGACGGUAAAUAGCAUCUCUCAAAGCACCCCCUGCACGCGUCGUAGACCCUUCAAGUCCCUUUCAACGCGGCGACAGCUUUCCUCUACAAAAAGAUGGGAGUUUUUUUUUUAUACAUGCCUCUUGGAAAAUAUAGAACUCAAUUGACUGCUUAGACCCCAUCCAGUUGUAGUCGUUUUUAUAGUCAGGUGUACGGCGCAGGUGGAAUUGUCAAUACUGUCGAAGUACUCGCCUUGCAUAUCCAAACAUUCUCAGCCCCAUCGUGUCUCCCCCUACUACAUCCUAAUGCGAGAUACUUCGCCGAGACGAAGAGAGAGAGCAUUUGGAACAACGAGUGUGUACACUAAAUGGUACGUGAACCGAAAGCAGAGCACGGCAAAUAGACAAAGAGCUCCGGACAAAAGUCACCGCAAAACGGUUGGCGAAGAUUGCCAUUCAAACUCGCAAAGCGGCACACGUGUUUCGUCCACGCGGCUGUCCGUUGUGAAUUGAUCUCUAAUACUAAUUUUUUGAGACAACCCAAAGAUUGCGAGUAGGCCAAUAAGUUUGACUUACUCUUUGACUUUCCUCAAUUAACCUUGGUCUUGCAAAUGUACAUCAGAAAAAACAAACCAGCGGCCAUGUCGGUUUAAAAUUCCUAGAUGCGAAACCCGUUCCGUCAUUCCAGCUUUUGGAAGCGCGUGACCGAUUGCCAUUGGUUUGUUUUUAAAACGGGUCAACGUUUGUAAAUGUUUAUUUCUACAGUCGAGUACUACAUUAUACUUGCAGUUUCACGGCGCGCGCCAAAUGUCAAAGUGUGAGUUCCCCUGGCAACAUUUUGGCUUCUGAUGCCACAAGAAUAUACCGGCAAUAAAAACAGUAUGCCAUUUUACAAUGAGUGAAAAACAAUUUGCAUGAUAGAAAUAUCAGUAAGGUUUGCGGCAACUUGUGCAAAUAUAUUUCGAGUAGACGAUCAGAGGGUACUGAACCAAACGUUCAGUUGUCAACCACCGCAAACCUCCCAUUUAAGAAUGCUAAACAUUUAUGUAUUUUCACGUUAAAGGCAGUGGACACUAUUGGUAAUUGUCAAAGACUAGUCUUCACAGUUGGUG